CCACAACCACCAUGAUGAUGAUGAUGGCCACCAAGGUCACCAAGGCCACCAUGAUGGUGAUGAUGGCUGCCAUGACCAUGGGCAUUGUCACCAAGGCCACCGUGGUCACCAUGAUGAAGAUGAUGGCCACCAAAGCCAUGGACAUCGUCACCGGGGCCACCAAGGACACCAUGGCCACUGUGAGGAUGAUGGUGGCCACCAAACCCAUGGACAUUGUCACCAUGGCCACCAUGAUGAUGAUGAUGGCCGCCAUGGCCACCGAGGCCAUGGCCAAGGUCACCAAGGCCACCACAAUGGUGUUGAUGGCCACCAUGAUGAUGAUGAUGGCCACCAAGGCCACCAAAGACACCAAGGCUAUGGCCAAGGCCGUCAUGGCCACCAUGAUGAAGAUGAUGGCCACCAAGGCCAUGGCCAAGGUCACCAAGGCCACCAUGAUGGUGAUGAUGGUCGCCAUGACCAUGGACGUUGUCACCAAGGCCACUGUGGCCACUGUGAGGGUGAUGAUGGCCACCAAGGUCACCAAGGCCACCAUGAGGGUGAUGAUGGCCGCCAUGGUGGCCACGGUGGCCAUCCCCGUGGUGGUCAGUGCCGCUAGGGUUGGUUGUGGUCACAGUGGUCAUGACGGCCACUGUGGCCACCGUGACAAUGGUCGCCAUGGCCACCGUCACAAUGGCCACCAUGACCGCUGUCCCGAUGGCCGCCGUGGCGAUGACCAUGACCAUCAAAAUGGCCGCCGUGGCCACCAUGACCACCAUGACGAUGACCAUGACCAUCAAAAUGGCCACCAAGGCCACCAUGAACAUGGCCACCAAGGCCACCAUGACCACCAUGAUGAUGGCCACCAUGACGAUGACCAUGG